AUGGCCCUCAAACCUGGACCCUUUGUUGACAGUCUUUGCCGACAUCAACCAGCCAGCAUGGACGAACUGAGAGCGCGCGCUGCCGGUUACAUCCAAAUGGAAGAGCAUGCUGAGUUCUGUAAUAAUAUCCGGGAUGGCCUUGCCGUCAAGGGCGAGUCCAGUAGUAAGGAGAAGCAAAAGAGUCACUUCGAUCAAAGAUCCAAGAGACCUCGUCAAGCACGAGGUCCCAGGCUGGUCACCUUGGCCAAUAUGUCCAACGUGGUCAAGCUUCCCGCGGGGGGUUCCGAGGACGCGGCAGAGGGCGAGGACGAUAUUCAAACCGAUAUCAAGGACGCUCCCAAAGUUACCAAGGCCGAUUUGAGCAAGGUAACUAUCAACAAGCACCCAUACACGAAGAAAACAAACCCAGUGAAAACAGUGCCGAUCCAUAGCACGGGGACAAAUCCUCUACCGACAAUAACCUGCGAGGAGUCAUUAAUACCAUUGCGGGGGGGCUUCGCCGGAGGUGGAAGUUCUAACUCCGCCAGAAAGUGGCACCUACGUAACGUUCACAAUAUCAAUGAUCACCACAACUCGGACAUCAAAACGAGUCCAUCAACUCCUCCCAUUGUCUUCACCGAUGAUGAUUAUGAAGGCAUAAGUCUAAACCAAGACGAUCCCAUGGUCAUCUCAGUCGAAGUGGCUAACUGGGAAGUUCAGAAAACAUUGAUUGACCAAGGUAGCUCUGCCGAUGUGCUGUAUUGGCCUACUUUCUUGAAGCUUGACAUCCCUCAUAAUAUGAUCCAACCAUAUUCUGAGCCUCUCGUCGGUUUCGCAGGUGAGCGAGUUCACACUCGUGGUUUCAUUGAAUUGCUAACCUCUUUUGGUACAACUCAGAAUUCAAAGAGAGUGCUGGUGAAGUAUUUGUUAGUUGAUGCCGUCACCUCCUACAAUAUUUUCAUUGGGAGACCAACAUUAAAUCAGUUAGGAGCAAUUGUGUCAACACCCCAUUUGACUAUGAAAUUCCCGGGCACAGACGGACGUAUAAUAACUAUCAAAGCUAAUCAGCAAAUAGCAAGGAGAUGUUAUGCCGAGAGCUUAAGGAUUGCCCCUACCAGUCUUCAACCCGAGAAGUCAAAUUCUUCUGUAGUAGCCCAUCUCGGAACAAGGGAAAUGGCUGACCUGGAUCCCUGA